GGUUUGUUUUUUUUUACCAUGAGCGAUGACGUGUAGAAAACACGUCGAAGACCUGCUCAGGGUUAAGCUACUUUAUUACAAGGAUGAAAACAACAAGAGGAUUUAAACGUCCAUCUGUCAGCCGCUAAACUAGCUGCUUAAAACUAGCUAGCUGAGACUCAUAAAUAUCGGCCUAGCAUGAAGGACUUUAAGAGCUCAUUUGGCUAAGAACAAAGACCUGCUGGAUAAACUGAAACAGUUGUAUCUGUGGCCUGCUUGUAGGACAAGAAGGGGAAAAAACGAAGCCAUUUCGGAAAUGCUCUUAAACUCCAUUCAUUUUUGUUUCCGGUAAAACAAAGAGGGGCCCGAUGGGUUGCAAAACAGAGCUAAAAUGCAAUUGGACUCACGUGGGCGCCGUGACUUACACACUCGCCCUGGUGGAAACACACGCAGGCGAGGGAGCCGUGUGUGUUCAUACAACCCUCUGAAGGGCUCCGGACAUUGCCGUCUUCAUAUGGAUACUGAAAUACUCAAGCGUUCACAAUAUUUCUACAGAAGAGACAAGUUUUUUUUCCCCUGGCACGAGUUAAGUUCAGAAGUAUGAGCUGUCAUUUAGGCCAGAAGACCACAAGAGCUCCGUUUUUGUUCUCCAUUUUCAUAAUUACGGUCUUUUAUUAGACGGACCAUCCCAGCGGGCACCGGGGCUCCUGCAGAGACUGUGCUCCGUGUUUUCUCCCCAAUGCCUGCGGGUCUCAGUGUGGGUGGGGCUCUUGGAGACCCCUCCCCUUCCCGCCGCUUUCGUCCCAGUCGCUAUGUGCCUGUAUCUGCAGCGACAAUCUUCCUCGUUGGGGCUACGACACUUUUCCUGUGCUUCACUUGUCCUUGGCUGGCAGAACGUUUCUCUUCUUCCAUUCCUGUCUAUAACGUCGUGGUCUUCCUCUUCACCCUGGCCAACUUUUGCAUGGCUACAUUUAUGGACCCAGGCAUCUUUCCCAGAGCGGAGGAAGAUGAAGACAAGGAAGAUGAUUUCCGGGCUCCUCUUUAUAAGACGGUGGAGGUAAGGAACAUUCAGGUGCGCAUGAAAUGGUGUUCCACGUGCCGCUUCUACAGACCUCCUCGAUGCUCUCAUUGCUCCGUGUGCGACAACUGUGUCGAGGAGUUUGACCAUCACUGUCCUUGGGUCAAUAACUGCAUCGGGAGGCGGAACUACCGUUAUUUCUUCUUGUUCCUUUUAUCUCUCACUACACACAUAAUGGGAGUGUUUGGAUGCAGCCUGCUGUACAUCCUCUAUCACACCGAACAACUGAAUGAAGUGCACUCUGGAGUUACUAUGGCAGUGAUGUGUAUCGCAGGCCUGUUUUUCGUCCCAGUAGCAGGACUCACUGGCUUCCAUAUUGUGCUGGUAGCCAGAGGAAGAACGACAAACGAACAGGUUACAGGGAAGUUCAGAGGGGGCGUCAACCCAUUCACACAUGGAUGUUGUAAAAACGUGUCUCAUGUACUCUGUAGCUCUCAGGCUCCAAGGUACAUAGGGAGGUUGAAGCAGACCCAGUCCCUUCAGGUUCAGCCUCCGUUUCUGCGGCCUCAACUUUCUGAAGCACAGCUUGCGGCAAAAGCCCUGGACAACGGGAUCCAGCAGUCUAAGAGCAGUCUGGAGGCCAUGGAAAGUCAGUCUACAGACAUUGAGCCGCCCCCACCUCCUAAACCGGAGCACAGAUACCAAGGGCUGCCUCACACACAUAAUGAAGAGAGCAGUCUCCUCAGUGAAGCACCACCCACACCGGCAUUAUAUAAAUAUCGGCCGUCCUACAGCAGUCCAGGAAAAAACCACACACAUUCCACACACAAGAUGAAUCGGGGGGACAGUGUGACAGAGUCGCCCUCCGUCCCCCUGUCAACUGGGCACGCCAGCUAUCGUUCAGAGCCUAGUCUUUCGGGCCGGGGAAUUUCUGGGUGGCGACCAGGAGGGGGAGGGGAGGGAGGCAGAGCAGGCUCGGGGGGACUGGGUGGGCCGUCUGCUCUCGGAGGGCGGUCUUAUCCUUCCUUCACUGACACGCUCCUACACUCAGCGGUGGCCUCGUGCUCCUCCAGUAUCCGCUCUGCUCAGACAAACCACAAUGCACUUGGGCCACUGCUGUCUGAGGGCACAACCUCUACUAGCUAUAAAAGUUUGGCUAAUCAGACACGGAACGGCAGCCUGUCUUAUGACAGUUUGCUGACGCCUUCGGAGAGUCCGGAGUUUGAAUCAGCUGCUCCUGAGCUGUCCCCGCCCAGGCCGGCACCCCCACGCUCCCUCGGUUCUACUCCUGGGGCUCCACCCAUCAUGGGUUACACCUCACCGUUCUUGUCUGCUCAACAGAGAGAGGGCUCUCUCCAGGCCUGCCCUGCCCCCCUAAGACCCUCCCCCAACAGACCUUUCCUGCGCCCCACAAGCCCACCCCCUUCCCGAGCUCCACCCCUGUCUCCUCGCGCUCGCUCUUUGGGUUCACCGCCUCCUGGCCCCACCACAGGAAGCAUUCCUAUGGGCAAAUCGUUUUCCUACGCAAGUGGAGCGGAGUUACGGCAAUGCCCAUAUAACACAGGGGGUGGUACUUCCACGUCAAACUCUAGGCAGAGACUGACCAAUCACAGCACCCAUGCACACAAACCUGGUGGCGGUGUGAAGAAAGUGAGCGGUGUUGGAGGAACAACUUAUGAGAUUUCAGUAUGAUUUCUUUUUUUGAACGACGCAGAGGAUUUACUCGUGUCUUCUGCCAACAAGAUGACCAGAGAGCAGAUCAUCUAUGUAAGCCAAAAAAACAAUCAAAGUACAAAGACACAAAGAAAAAAGAAAGAAAGAAAACCUGGAUCCAACUUUGGAGGAAGAACGCUAAAAUGUGGAUUAGUGAAUAAAAAGCCUAAUCUCCAUAUCAUGGUUUAUGAAUCUCCAUUAUUAUUAUUAUUAUUAUUAUUAUUAGUAUUUUUUACAUAUUUAAAGAAUUGUUUAUGAUCCACGAAGGCUGUUCCAUCCAGACUGGAGCUGCCGAACUUGCUGUAUGAACAAUUGGUUAUAGACUCCAAUGUAAAUCUUUUGUUUUGUUUUCUCUGCAUACUCUGGGCUUUCAUUUUACUUGUAAUUUUUAUGUUUCUUUUUCUUAUUAUUAUUUUAUACCGGUACUGAUACAGUAUAGCGUAAGAUUUAUUGAUUAUGUUUGAUAGGAAUGUCAAUAAUAGUAGCACAUAGGUUGUGCUUUUUUCUGUUAGUUUGUUUGUUUGAAUUUUGCUGUUGAAUAUAGUAGACGGCUGCAUCAGCCAGUCAGAACCCGAGCUGGAGUUCACAGCCAAAGAGACAAGUGUAGUCAGGGACCUGCUUUUGACAGACAGCACACUUGGCAAAUAAGAAUGUAACAUUUGAAUCAUUACAGCACAAAUGUUUUGUGAUGGAAACAUCUGGGUACUGUACGUAUUUGUGCAAGUUAAGGGUUCCUUUGGGUUCUUUGUUAUUUGUCUAUUAAUCUGGAAGGAGCCAUUUCAAACGUUGGCCAGAGGAGAGUGCUCUGGUCUCGUGAAAGUACAUGCUGGAUGUGCAGUAUGCCACUGAGACGGGGGAACUGUACCAUAUCGGGGUUUUUUUUUUAUUUUUAUUUUUAUAGGCAGUGGUUAAGGUUCAGAGCUGGAUUAUAAAAUGUAUUCUGACCAUCGCUUUGAGUUUUGAAUUAGUGCGUGUGUGUGUGUGUGUGUGUGUGUGUGUGAGAGAGAGAGAGUGAGAAAAUUGCAGAGAAACAAUUAUUGAUGUCUCAAUCUAUUCUACUAGAGCACAUUCCAGCGUCGAACCUCUUCAGAGACUCUGCUAAUUGUAGUGUGUGUGUGUGUGUGUGUGUGAGAGAGAGUAAGUAAGUGAAAAGUAAGCUUCACAUUUAGCUUUGAAGUCAGAGGACCAGUGCCCGGUCAGUAUAACAUUAAAGCGGUUAUGCAGUGACACACGUAUUUUUACUGAUAACCUUUUGUCAUUUCCACCAUGGUCUUAUAAAGCCUUUUUUUAACUGUAAUUUACCUGCACGCAUUAACAGGACAAAAGGAUUAGGUUCAAUCAAAGGGUGGAGGUUUUUUUCUACCUGUCUGUAUUCUUUUAAUUCAGGUGACACUGGGUCACAUGAGCCAACACAUUUCCAACAAAACAAUAAAUAAGAUUGCAACACUGAAACAA